AAAAGAAGCUUACCUCACCCCUCCCCAUCACUAAGCUCGACCAACCACUCCAAGAGAGAGAGAACAUCCCUGAAAUACCAUUUCUCCAUUGUUGAAUGAAGCUCAACAAACAAGAAGUUCAAGGAAGAAGAAAAGGUUGCAAAAUAGAGGAAAAACCUUAAGAAUAAAGGUAUCCCAGUGAAUAUGAUGAACGUCAAAGGCCUUGCCCGAUUCAAGAACAAGCCGGCCAAGGAUCCGAAGGGGUCGGACGCGGGUGGCCAAAAGCCCGUCGGUGCGCUUUUCAAGAAGCCCGAGGGCGACGCUGCUGCCGUGAAGAGGAAACCGACGGAAAAGGAGUCCCCCCAGGCCACCAAGAAAUCGAAGAAGUGGGACGCUGCGAAGAAGGACCCCCCGGUGGUGAUUCUGGAUGACUGCCCCGCCUCCGGGGUGCACAAGGAGAUGCCGGUGGCGAAGGUGCCGAGGGGUGUCCGGAAGCCAUCUCUUGAGGUCCUUACGCUCUCCCUCCCGGAUGACCUGCAUUGCCCUCGGGGAGCAGGCCCGACGGCUGGAGGAAUGGCGCCUCCACAAAGCUAGGCAAGACGCAAAGAUGAAGGAGCUAAUUCUCAAGGACUCCAAGGCCACGAAGCUGAUGGCCCAGCUUGAAGAGGACCUCCAGCUUGCGAGAUCGGAGGCCGGAAGGCUUAGGGAGGAGAAAGCCAAAGCUGAGGAGGCUGCUGCGGAGGCCGCAAGGAAAGCCGCCGAGGAGGCCGAGGCCGCCAGAACGAAAGCUGUCGUCACAGCCCGGGAGGAGGCCAUCUCCGGGUUCCUGGAUGGGGGUGGAAGGCCGAAGGACACAAGGAGUGGCUGUCCUCGGUUGUGGAGGCCUCCGUCGAUGAGUGGUGCGAGGGCCCGGGAGAGGAAGGGAUGGCCCGAAAGGGCAAACAAUAUUAUGAUGGGGGCGAGUUUUUCACCCAAGCCCUCAUCUAUCGGAGGAUGGCUCGCCACUUAAAGAUUGAGCCGAAGGACUUCGACCCGGCGGCAUACAAGCUUCCCCCCUUCAGCCAGACAUCCGUGUUCCUCUCCCCUCCGAUGUCGAGAGGCCAGACCUGGAGGAUACUGAGCUCCGGAAGGAAGCCGAGGGUGACGAACCUGAGGGCGAUGCAGAGGUCACUUCGAAGCCAUCAGAGGAGGUGGCCCCCGGGAAUGACGUUGUUUGAUUUGUAACUUGUACUUAGCAAUUUGAACACACUUUGUAAUGGUCACGUUCUUAUGCUUUCGGCCCCGGCCAUCAUUGUAACAAUCACAUUUACUCUUUUUUGAUGAUUGAUGAAUGUUAGCCCUCGG